GGAGAAGUACCAGGUGCCAAGUGUUCCCUGCCGGGAGGCGGGGGCUCCGUGGGGUAACGGUCGCAACCCUGGAGCUGCGGCCGGCGGUUCCGACCGAGGGCGGCGAGGGGCCCGCGCCCUGGCCAGUGUCGGCCUGCAGCUCCUAAGUUGAACCCGGGGGGCCUCCAACGGUGACCUCCUGGGUGCCCUUUGCCACUCAGUUUCCCCCUUUGUGAAUUGACUAAGGAUUCUCCAGCCCUGGCUGAGUAUUUGAGGGCGUGGGGCAGCUCCUCUAUCCUUCGUGCCUGGGGUCUGUGCGCUUGGGUCCACCGAGGCAGGACCCCCGGGAACAGCCCGAGUACAUAAUUGGGAGCCCCCAGUCCCCUAAAAACACCCCUGCAGCGUGGGUCUGUGAAAAUGUUUGAGACCUAAAAAAUUCACAAAACACAAAAGGAAAGCUGCAAAAUAAAAGUUUUGUACCAGCUGAAUCCUGGGGCCUUGGGGGUGAACCUGGUGGUGGAGGAAAUGGAAACCAAAGUCAAGCAUGUGAUAAAGCAGGUGGAAUGCAUGGAUGACCAUUACGCCAGUCAGGCCCUGGAGGAGCUGAUGCCACUGCUGAAGCUGCGGCACGCCCACAUCUCUGUGUACCAGGAGCUGUUCAUCACGUGGAAUGGGGAGAUCUCUUCUCUGUACCUCUGCCUGGUGAUGGAGUUCAAUGAGCUCAGCUUCCAGGAGGUCAUUGAGGAUAAGAGGAAGGCAAAGAAAAUCAUUGACUCUGAGUGGAUGCAGAAUGUGCUGGGCCAGGUGCUGGACGCGCUGGAAUACCUGCACCAUUUGGACAUCAUCCACAGGAAUCUCAAACCCUCCAACAUCAUCCUCAUCAGCAGUGACCACUGCAAACUGCAGGACCUGAGCUCCAACGUGCUAAUGACAGACAAAGCCAAAUGGAAUAUUCGUGCGGAGGAAGACCCCUUUCAUAAGUCCUGGAUGGCCCCUGAAGCCCUCAACUUCUCCUUCAGCCAGAAAUCAGACAUCUGGUCCCUGGGCUGCAUCAUUCUGGACAUGACCAGCUGCUCCUUCAUGGAUGGCACAGAAGCCAUGCAUCUGCGGAAGUCCCUCCGCCAGAGCCCAGGCAGCCUGAAGGCCGUCCUGAAGACAAUGGAGGAGAAGCAGAUCCCGGAUGUGGAAACCUUCGGGAAUCUUCUGCCCUUGAUGCUCCAGAUCGACCCCUCGGAUCGAAUAACGAUAAAGGACGUGGUGCACAUCACCUUCGUGAGAGGCUCCUUCAAGUCCUCGUGCGUCUCUCUGACCCUGCACCGGCAGAUGGUGCCUGCGUCCAUCACCGACAUGCUGUUAGAAGGCAACGUGGCCAGCAUUUUAGAGGUCAUGCAGAAAUUCUCUGGCUGGCCCGAAGUCCAGCUCAGGGCCAUGAAGAGGCUUCUGAAAAUGCCUGCAGAUCAGCUAGGUCUGCCGUGGCCCCCGGAGCUGGUGGAGGUGGUGGUCACGACCAUGCAGCUACAUGACAGGGUCCUCGAUGUCCAGCUGUGUGCCUGCUCCCUGCUGCUGCACCUCCUGGGCCAAGCACUGGUGCACCACCCAGAAGCCAAGACUCCCUGCAACCAAGCCAUCACCUCCACCCUGCUGAGUGCUCUUCAGAGCCACCCCGAGGAGGAGCCACUUCUUGUCAUGGUCUACAGCCUGCUAGCCAUCACCACAACCCAGGAGUCAGAGUCACUGUCAGACGAGCUGCAGAACGCCGGGCUGCUGGAGCACAUCCUGGAGCACCUCAACAGCUCCCUCGAAAGCAGGGACGUCUGCGCCAGCGGCCUGGGCCUGCUCUGGGCCCUCCUGCUGGACGGUAUCAUUGUGAACAAGGCCCCCUUGGAGAAGGUCCCGGACCUCAUCAGCCAGGUGUUGGCCACCUACCCUGCGGAUGGGGAAAUGGCGGAAGCCAGCUGUGGAGUCUUCUGGCUGCUGUCCCUGCUGGGCUGCAUCAAGGAGCAGCAGUUUGAACAAGUGGUGGCGCUGCUCCUGCAAAGCAUCCGGCUGUGCCAGGACAGAGCCCUGCUGGUGAACAAUGCCUACCGGGGACUGGCCAGCCUGGUGAAGGUGUCAGAACUGGCGGCCUUCAAGGUGGUGGUGCAGGAGGAGGGCGGCAGUGGCCUCAGCCUCAUCAAGGAGACCUACCAGCUCCACAGGGACGACCCGGAGGUGGUGGAGAACGUGGGCAUGCUGCUGGUCCACCUGGCUUCCUAUGAGGAGAUCCUGCCGGAGCUAGUGUCCAGUAGUAUGAAGGCCGUGCUCCAGGAGAUCAAGGAGCGCUUCACCUCCAGCCUGGAACUGGUUUCUUACGCGGAAAAAGUGCUCUUGAGGCUGGAGGCAGCCACCUCUCCCAGCCCCCUGGGUGGGGAAGCAGCUCAGCCCUGAUGCGGGGGAGAAGACAGAUACCCCACAGGCCCCUCCCUCCACGUGUGCCCUCUCCCUGUCCUUCCUUUCCAUGGGCCACUGUUUCCCUUGGGGUGGGGGGAAGGGUCAUCCAGCACCAGAAUGCGCACCUCACACUCCUCUUAGGUGACUAAUAAAGAGGCCCAAGGCCAGUUUCUGCCUUAA